AUGCAGAAGUAUUUUUAUUUGACAAUUUCCAGAAAUACACUUUCUCGGAACACAGAAGUAUGCAAACUCGCUGCGGAUGAUAAAAAAAACUCUACAAGGAAGGUGGACGUUAAUAUUUUUGAAGGAAGUCUUGGAGAAAUGGGGAAUGAAAAUGAGAGUGAUGUUUGCUUAAAGAAAGAAUUUGCCUUGGCUUCAGUUGAGAAAAAAUCUGGAAAAUUGCAUUGUCCUUUGUGCCUGUACUACACAAAGCACAAAAACCGUUUGGUCAAUCACAUUCUGGAGCACAAAAAUGGCCAAGCACCAUAUGUGGAAGAUUGUCAACUGAAGCUUCUGCAAUUCUUUACUGAGAAGAUUUUCUGUUGUGAUUGGUGUACAUUUGUUACGCUUAGCGAGGAAAGCCUACUACAUCAUAUGGAUACGCACAGCCUGGUGAAGCCGUACAAGUGUCGACUCUGUUUCUUUGAAACUGGGCUACAGACAGAGUUGGAGAAUCAUCUACAGGAGCAGCACAAGGUAAAGUGCAACUUUGAUCUGGUUGGUGAGGUUAACCUAAGUGAAGCUGAAUUAGUUGCAGAAAUUGAAGAGUUCCAAAGGAAGAGACUCAAGAGUAGUCACCGUGAAAAAAGUGAGCAGUAUUUGCACUUUAUAGAAAGGGAUUCAAAGUUGCAUAAGGCAUCACCAUUCAACAAAAUCGAUCCAAUUUCCUUGUGA